GUCUUGCUCUCUCAUGAUCUCAAGUGCUUUCAAUAUGCUGGGUGGUUGGUUGCCUGGGCGUCCCGCUGUUUUGUUGGCACGAUGACCUGACGGGCUUUAUUGUUUGUCGCUCCACCAUGUUGACAGUAGUUAUGGUGAGAGAGAACCCUACAAUACUUAUGCGGUCACCCUACGUUAGAUUAGAAGUAAAGUAUCGAGCUAUUUUCCGUAAACUUACUCGAACGCAUCCUGGUCUCACCUCUUAGUACGGAAGGUCAGACUUUACCACAGUCAUGGAGCCUCCACCAAGCCCACUCUAUCUCAACUCGAACGCGAAAGGCAAGAACAAACGCGCAGUCGAAGAUGGCUCUACAAUUAUCGGCAGACUUCAGGAUUUACCCACGACCGAAAGCAAUGCACCUAACGUCGUCCGUCGCCGUCAACAUCGCCGCCACAACAUCGCUGCCGAGAUCUGGGGCCCGGACAUACCCUCUGGGCCCACACCCCAAACUUCUACCGGUGGACCUGCCCCGAAGCAACGUUUCAGCGUCUACAAGGCCAUCAUCCGACACCCGAACCUCUUCUUCCAAUUCGCGCUCCGUCUACCCUGCCCCUCUAUUGUUGACCUCUACGCCAUCGACAAGGAGUUCCACUACCGUCUGAAUCUAUACAGCGUCUCUCUGAUACACGACUACGCCCGCUAUCAUGCACCACUCGCCGGCCACAUCUUCAGCUGGGUGCUAUACCCUCGUACAUGCAUUUCCGACCCCAUGCUCCGACCCAUGGACGGCCGCGAGUGGCUAGCGCGCGACGUACCAGGCUUCCGCUGGGUCGGCAUGAUAAUCUACCGCCAGAAGGUCGUACGCAGCAUCCUCACAUACUUGGCUCUAGAAGGCCAUCGCGUACCGGAGGGUUGCGAGGGCGCGCUGAUGAAGUAUUGGUGCGUCAUGGAGCUCAAUGAAUCUAGAACGCGUCGAUCCUUCCUUGAAGAUGCCGAUAUCUGGACCGAUACCGAUCUCAUCAACAUCCAGCUCUUCUUCAUGAAGCUCGAUAUGCGCUUCUCCGACCCUAUCCUGGGCAACGGCGUGUGUCAGCUCGGGCCCAUGUUGCUCGCCCAAAAGAGCUUGACUCCGCUGUGGGAGGCACUAAGUGGAAAGCUUAAGUUCAACUACGACACAACCAGUGCGAUGGUCGUUGCAACCUACCUUAUGGACGAUCUCGACUUCGAAGCGCAUCCCUGGCUCGAAGACAUAGAAGAUCAUAGUGUCCCGGAGGAGCAAUGGGGUCUAUUGAGUCUGGAGGGCUGGAACGAAGAUGGCAAGAGGAUGCCGCAUGCAUUGGAUCUGGUCAUUACGGAGAGUAUUAGGAGGGGGCUGGACGUGCAGCAGUACUAUCUGGACUUUGUCAUGUAUGGGUAUGGGGAUAGUAAGACUGGUGAGAAUAUCCCAGUGCCGGUGCACUUAAGAGGCGAUAAGAAAGUCAGAGUGCCAAGUGAGGGGUGGCCUUCGAAGGAGAUGAGGCAGAGUACUAUCAAGAAGCUGGAUGCGCGCUUUUGGUCCAAGAAGGCUGCUGCUGGGGAUGCGAUGGACUUGAGCGCCUGAAAGCCUUCCGAACACGAUACGCUGCUAUAGCUCAUAGAAAAGGGCUUCUCGAGGGCAUUUGAUAGUAUUGUGUAAAUACCUGGGGUAUUGUCGGAUGAUCUGUUCAAGAAGUUUCGCCACCUAGCUGCCGAGUUUCCC